AACGUAAAAUUGGGCAUUUUAGCGACAACCCAUCAAAAUAAAAGCCCGCCGGGUCAUCCCUUAAACCCCUCGAAAAAUCCCCAAUUCCCAGUCUAGGGUUUCCAUCGGCGACUUCCGAUCAUCCCUCCGAUUUGCUUACCAGAAACGGGAAAAUGUUUCCAGGAAUGUUUAUGCGCAAGCCCGACAAGGCUGCUGCUCUGAAGCAGCUUCGGUCGCACGUCGCUAUGUUCGGCGUAUGGGUUGCUGUAAUUCGAGUUACCCCCUACGUUCUCCACUACCUUUCCGACGAGAAAGAAGAGCUCAAGCUCGAGUUUUAGGCCACUCUCUGAGUUUUUGACUGGAGCAUGGGGUGAAGGCAUUCCAAAUCACAACUUUUCUUUCCUCUAUUGAUCUCAUGGGGAGAAAUGAGGCUUGAUCUUCUUUCAUUGUUUUUCUUUUACUUUUCGAUAGGCAAAUGGCUAUUAUCAUGUGUGAUGAAACUUGAAAUCAUUCCAUUAAAUCUCAGGUUGGCUGUGAGGCAAAUAAUGCAGGUUGCAUUAAAGAUGGUAGAAUAUGUUAAUGUAAGAUACUGAAGACAUUGUCCUGUUAUUCAGCCAAAGUUAUUGGCCUCAAUUGUUAUAAUUUUUUCUCCAUUAAACUCCCAUUAAGAAUGAAUGAAUAUAAACUGCAUUCCUACA